UUGACUAAUGACGUAUUCACUAGAAAUAUCAAUGGCCAUUUCUUUAGGAGUUUUAACAUUUUCCCUCAGUCAGAUGAGUCACGAAUAGAUGAUGUUUGGAAUGUUACUUUCAAACGUCCGGUAUGGUUUAUAUUCUCUGGUAUGGGAUCACAAUGGCAAGGAAUGGGUACAGAUCUUAUGAAAGUUCCAGUUUUUGCUGACGCUAUAAACAAAUGUGAUGUUAUACUAAAACCAAAAGGAGUUGAUAUUAAGAAUAUUUUGACCAGUCAAAAUCCAAAACUUUUUGACAACAUUCUCAAUUCAUUUGUCGGUAUCGCUGCGGUUCAGAUUGGACUAGUAGAAGUGUUGAGAGCAUUAGACAUAACACCCGAUGGAAUCAUAGGCCAUUCGCUCGGAGAAUUGGGAUGUGCUUACGCUGAUGGUUGUUUUACUGCUGAAGAAAUGCUAUUAGCUUCUUACGCCAGAGGUCAAGCUACUCUAGAAACAGACGUUAUUCCUGGCAUGAUGGCCGCCAUUGGACUUGGAUAUGACCAAAUCAAAGACAGACUUCCCAAUGACAUCGACGUCGCUUGUCGUAAUAGUGCCACUAGUUGCACAAUAUCGGGUCCAGUUGAAAGCAUCAAAGAGUUCGUAUCACAACUAAAAUCCGAAGGUGUCUUCGCAAAAUCCGUUAACGUUGGUGGCAUAGCGUUUCACAGUAGAUAUAUUCAAUCCGCUGGUCCGACUCUACUUAAAUAUUUAAAAGAUGUGAUCAAAGUACCAAAGAAAAGGUCGUCUAAAUGGCUUAGUAGUUCGUUGCCAGAAACUGAAUGGGAGUCUGACCUCACAAAAUAUUCUUCUCCAGAAUAUCAUACAAACAAUCUAUUGAGUAGUGUGUUAUUCGAGGACGUUUUAAAUCACAUACCAAAAGACGCGAUUACAAUUGAAAUUGCUCCUCAUGGCCUUCUUCAAGCAAUUAUAGAAAGAGCAUUACCUGAAAUGGUAACCAAUAUUCCAUUGACGAAAAGAAUGUAUGGAGAUUCGGUUCGAUUCCUACUUACUUCUAUAGGAAAAAUGUAUGCCAGUGGAUUAAAUCCCAAAAUAAAAGAGCUGUACCCAACAAUAAAAUAUCCUGUAAGUCGUGGAACACCAUCAAUUUACGGUUUACCGUUUUGGGACCAUACUGAAAAAUGGUCAGUCAGGAUAAUAGAAUUAGUAAAAUCUGGUGAACAAAUAUCUUCAUUAGUGGUUAAUGAUGAUAAACAUUUAGCUGAGUACCAAUUGCAUGGUCAGCAUAUAAUACCAUUUUCAUUUAUAUUAUUUGAUGUUUGGAAGACAUUUAUUGAAACAAAUUCUAAAAGUUUGUACGAAAGCCCGAUUCAAUUUAAAAAUCUUCGGUUCAAAAAUAAUGUCAAAAUUCAUCCAACUGACACUUCUGAUUGUACUAUAAUGAUUCAAUUGGGAUCUGGUAUUUUUGAGUGCGAUGUCGACAAUGAGGUUAUUUUAUCAGGCGAAAUAAGAUUUGUAAACGAUAAAGUCUUGGAUACAACUGAAGAAAAAUCAAUACAUUUAGACGAAACAACUGACGACUUCCUUGACUAUGUAUCAGAAAAUGAGAUAUAUUCUAUUUUAAAAAAUAAUGGAUUCAAUUUGGGAUUCAAAAACAUUACGAAUUAUAAAAUGUAUAAAAAUUAUAUCCAAGGUUCCGUUAAAUGGGAAAAUGACUGGAUAUAUUUUUUGGAAGGGUUAUUAAAGUUCCCAUUUUUGGAACAUUUAGGUACCGGCCCGAUAGAAAUUCCAAUUUAUAUAAGAGAAAUGUAUAUAAAUCCUGCGUUAUUUGAAAAUCUUUCAGAGCAAGGUAUAAGCGUCAGUUACAACAAACUAUCAAAUGGAUUAAGUUGUGACGGAAUUAAAAUAUUAGGGAUUAAAAACGGACCAAUAUCAUUACCCAUACAUAACACUGCGGUAGUGAAAUUAGAAGAAAAAUCUUUUAAUAAAUUCAACAACUUAAAAUGCAAAAACAUCAGCGAUUUCAUUCAAGAUUCUAUGGAUAUAAUAAUGGAGAUUGAUAAGUUAAAUUUCGGAACAAGUGGAAAAAUUAUUCUCAGUACUCCAUAUCAUUACGACGAUCCAGUAGCUAAAUCAUGUACAAAUGAAAUCAAAAAAAUUGUGGAAAACAAAUUAUCUAUGAACAGUAAAACUAUAAACUGGGAAAACAUUAAGGACGUAUCAGAUGUUGAUGAAUCUGCAAGGUUUAUCACCGUGUCAAAUGUAAGCUAUUUGCAAGAUACAACGAGAGCAUUAGCCAAUAAAAAAAAUAGUUUUAUUAUUGUAUGUUCCUUGAAAAAACUCCAAGAACUCAAAGACUGGAAAAUAAUUACACAGCAGGAAUUCGAUAAUAACUGUUGUUUAACAUUGAUGAAAAAGAUAAUAAAGUUAGAGGACAAGAACAUAUUUAUUGAACCAACCAAUGAUAAUUUUGACUUGAGCAUUUGGAGAGCAUUAGAGACAAAUAAUUCAUCAAAGGGUAAGAUUUAUAUAAUUUCAAAGUCUGAACCAUUAGAGGGCAUAUCCACUCAUGUUAAAGAAAUGUUGCAUAAGUAUAAAUCUAAGAAAUUAAGAUUCUUGUUUAUUUUGGAUUCAAACGCACCCGAUUUUGACAAGAACAAAUCAUUUUAUGCAACUCAGCUAUCGAAAGAUUUAUUAGUAAAUAUCUAUAAAAACGGUGAUUGGGGUUACUACAAAAGAAUUGUUCUUCAAGAUAUAAAAGAUGAUAUUAAGGUCAACGAAAAUAAAUUGUAUAAACAUUUCACUAAAAAUAGUAAAAACAAAUUGACAAUAAAAUAUCUAGGGUUGAAUUUCAAAGAUAUAGUUAUAGAAGAAAAUACCGAAAAUGAAUUUGGACCAUUGGAAUACUCGGGGCAUAUUGAUAAUAUAACCACAAUGGGAAUCACCUCGAUCAAUAAUAUGUCUUCUCAAAUCAUUUAUGACCCAAUAUUAUCAUGGCCUGUUCCGUCGACAUGGUCACUAGAAGAAGCAACCACUGUUCCUCUUGCUUACGCAAUGAGUUAUUAUGUGCUUAACAUUUUGAGUACACUUCAAAAGAAUAAUUCUGUUUUAGUAACCUCGGGGUUGCAUCCAAUUGGUCAAGCUGCUAUUUCGAUAAGUUUAAAUAAAAAAUGUGAGACUUAUGCUAUUGUAGACUCGGACCAACAAUCUGAAGAACUAUCUGGUACCUUCCCUGAGUUAUUGCGGUCAAGAAUAAUUAUAAACAAAAACAACAAAUUCGAUGUUCAAUUAAAAAUGAUAACCAAGUCCAAGGGUAUCGAUUGUAUAUUGAACUUUUUGAGCGGUGAACCAUUUUAUGCUGCUAUUCGUGCGUUUGCCAAACAUGGAAAAUUCUUCAAUUUUUCAAAAUCAGAUAUGAAAAAACAAAGAUAUUUGGGUACACGAAUAUUCCUACAAAAUAUAUCGUUUUUUGCCAUCGGUUCAAACACGUUGUUAAAUGAAAGUGUAGAAACUAAAAAAAAAGUACGACAAGCAUUCAUGGAUGGUUUGAAUAAAGGCGUGAUAAAACCUUUUCGGAGUCAUGUUGUAACUUCGUCAUUAAGCGGUAGUAAAAUGUUUGACAAAAUGACCUUAAGAGUAAAAUAUGCUGCUACUCCAUUUAUAUGUAUAUUAAGUAAAGCAGAACAUAUUUGUGCCGAGCUUAAAUCUAUAGGUUUUAAUGCAUUAAACAUAUCAUGGGACGGGCUGUCUACAGAACCAAAAAAUACAGAAACGAUUUUGGCCUCUCUAGAUUUUCUUCUACAAAAUUCAAAUACUUCAGAGUCAUAUUCAUUUAUAUGCUCUAAGGAAAACAACAAUACAUCAAAAUUGUCCUACCAAAUGAACGAUCUGAUUGCAAACUUUUUCCCUGAAUCUACCAAUGAGUUACACCUUCUGAAUAAUAAAAUAGCAAAAGAAGCCGGAUUUAUCGAAGUUGCCACAAGAAGUCCGAGAUUAUCACAAUUGAAGUCUGUAGCACCUGUGUUCGUUAUACCUGGAUUCAAACCAAAAUGUAUCGAAUCAUUUUAUAAACAAUUUUUUUAUCCUGUAUUUGAAGCACAGUAUCCUGAAGAUAUUACUUCAAUCGAUAAUUUAGCUGAAACUUUAGUGAUUAAACUCAAAAGCAUCUCGGAUCAUGGUUACGUGUCCAUUAUUGGAGAAUGUUGGGGCGGGAUUAUCGCUCUAAAAAUAGCUCAAAUAUUGGAAGCACAAGGAAUAUUAGUCACUGUAACAUUACUAGAAUUUGACUCAGAAUAUUUGACUGGAUGGGCUGAGCGUUUUCGGUCAAAUGAUAAUUUCGACAAGCGAUUAAAUAAAAUGUAUAGUUCAUCGUACACUGAGCUUAUCAAAUCUACAGUUCAAACGAGUGACAGUAAAUUUCAGUCAAUUGUGUCUUAUCAUCAAACAAUUCUUGAAAAAAAUACUCACAGAGCUUUAAAACUUAUAUGGUCAUUAUUACGGAAAUCUUUAGAAACCAAGCCUCAGUCAAAUAGAUUGCAUUCGAAGGUGUUGAUAUUUAGAUAUGAACGGACGUUUGAAUUUAAUAGAACAAAUUUAAAUGAUUAUUGUAUUAAACCACCAGUUUUAUCCAUCAUACCUAAGCCAGAUUAUAAAAGUAUGUUAGAGGACAAGAGAACGAUUGAUGCUAUAACAAAGAAUGUAACACAUUUGUAUCCAGUUGGAAUAGAAUUAUCAUUGAGUGAGAAAUAUAAAAAUAUUUACUUUAAUGCUGAUAAAACCUUCGAUACAUAAAUCUUAUCACAAAUUUAAUUUGAUUCUUUUUUAAUUAUUAUAUUUUAUGUUUAUUAUAUAUUAUGGAAUGAAUAAAAGGUUUAUGUUAUGCAUAAAA